UCCAUGUUUAGUGUCUGAAACAAAGGUUUCUUAAAAAGCCAUUGAAUUCCCAAAACAGUAUUUUUAAAGAACCACUGUUUAUUUUUGCAUGGCAAAUUUUGUAAAAAAUGUAUUUAAUUUUAUUCUUGUCUUGUAUGGAUUACUUCAACUUCAGUUGAAUAAUUAUUUCAACAGUAAUAGAUUUAGCUGUAGCAAUUUUUCCCCAGCUAAGCUUCAGGGUAUUCUAAAUCCCCAACAAAUGGAAUAAUUUCACACCGGGACAGGGCACUCCAUGGAUGACGACCGUCCCCUCUUCAUCACCUUCAAGCCCCUCGCUGAGGCCAGCACAGCCAGAGCCAAGCCAGCAGCCAGCAGCCAGCCCCAGGGGGCAGAGCAGCCACCAGGGCACCACAGCAGGCAUGCCAGGGUCCCUCCGGGCCCCUGGUCACCGCCAGCAGCCCGGUCGGUGCCCGAGGGGGAGCGGGCAGCGCUGCGUGCCCGCACCAGGCUCUGGUUUGAGCAGACACAAGCGCACAGGUUGGGGCCGCAGGGGGAGCUCCCCUCGUGGUUCCACGGCUUCCUCAGCCGCAGGGAGGCCGAGCAGCUGCUGCAGGAGCAGCCCCUGGGCUGUUUCCUGGUGCGCUUCAGCGAGAGCACCGUGGCCUUCGUGCUGUCCUACAGGGGCAGCGAUCGCUGCCGGCACUUUGUCCUGGAGCAGCUGCCGGACGGGCGCUACGCCAUCCUGGGCGAGAGCAGCGCCCACGCCGAGCUGGCCGAGCUGCUGCGGCACCACGGCACCGCCCCGGUGAGCCCGUACCGGGAGCGCCUCACCGUGCCCCUGCCCUGCCGGAAAGAGGAGCCCCGAGGGCGGGCGCAGCCCCCGGCUGGCGGUGCUGCCGCACAUUCCCCACCGAGCCAAGCACCGGCCAAGCUCCCGGAGCCCCCCGUGUCCCUGGAGUGCCCCAGAGCCUCAGGGGAGGCUCCCGGUGUGCCGCCGUCGCUCCCCGCCAAGAGCAGCUCCCGGGGGGCGGCUGGGGGGCUGCGCAGCCCCCCCGGCAGCGCGGCGGCCCCCGAGGUGCCCUAUGCCCGGGUGCACAAAGAACGCGCCCGCCCCGAGCCCCCCGAGGCCAAGUACCAGCAGCUCGUGUGCUUCCACGUCUACGCCGAGCCCCGCGAGGAGAUGGACCCCAGCCCACCUGGACACUGCGAGCCCCAGGAGCCCACCCCCGGGGGACACAUCCCCGGGGGACCCCCAACCCCCGAGGGACCCCCCAGCCCCGGGGGACCCAUCCCCUCCGAGCCCAUCCCCUUCUAUGCCAUGGCCCGCGGCUGGAGCUCCCGUGCCAGCCCCGAGGAGAACGUCUACUCCGAGGUGGCACUGGCCCGGCAGGAUGUGCCAGCUCGGCCCCCCACGGCCCCCCAAAACGCCUUCUGCACGCUGCCCCCCAAAGGCCGGCCCCACCGCCGGCUCCUGCGCAGCGUUUCCAGCCAGGACUGCAGGAGGAGGCAGCUCUGGGCGGCUCCCAGCUCGGACGGGAGGGACAGAGGAGCUGCCAGCACGGACAGAGGAGCUCCCAGCACAGGCACACAGGUUGCUGUGGAGCCUGAGCUGGAUGAGCCCGUGUACAGCCAGAGCACACGCAGGGAGCAGCACCCAAAGGCUGAGAACGUGUACGAGCAGCUGCCUGGGGAGUGCCCCUGAGCCCCCUGCCCAGCACCCGGCUCCCAGGCAGGAGCAGCCUCAGCCCCCAAACCUCUGCAGGAAGCUCCUGGCCCUGGGAGGAGAGCUCCAAGGCUGCUGUUGGCCCCAGCUGCUCCAUGGGGAGCUCUUCCAGCUUCCCAACCCCGAUGGACAGCACAGGGGGGAGCCUCACCUCACCCAUGAACACGUUCCAAGAGACUUGUGUUAAUAAAAUGAGGAAAAAAGCUGUUACAGGAAAACAGGAGUGAGUUUGGUGCAUGCAGUUGGAUAUUAAAUUGGUCAGAAACUGGAGUGAUGCUACACUGAACCUCCCCAGCCUGCAGCCAGCACUCCAAGCCCUGCCUGCUUCCCCAGCCACAAAAUUUGGGAUGACACCACUGUCCCAGGGCUGUCCUGUGGGAGGACACAAACCCUGGUGAGCCACAGUGGAGCUGGGCAGUGUCAGUGGUGCUCCCAGCCCAACAGGAGCAGGCAGCCAGGAUGGCCAAGCCCUGGCUUGGAGGGAAAAGGAGGGUUGGGGAACUGUAGCUGCUUUUAUCUCUGGGAAAGUUCACUUCUGACCUUUCACAAACCUGAAUUUUGUUGCUCUUAGAGGGCUGAAAGUGGAACAUGAGCCCUUGGAACUUCCCUUGGUGCUGAAGCCAAGGCAUUACCCCAGUGAGAAAUGGAAAGGGGAACCUGGGAGUUCCACCCCCUCACUGCAAACUCCCCAGGCCAAGAGGGUACCUGGAUGAGGAUCUGAGCCCCUUGGGAUGGAAACAGGGCUGGGUGGGCUCAUUUAGAAGUAUAUUCCUUCAGCAAAUCUCUUCUGGGAGGAUUUCA